GGCUCUAUUUUACAUGGAUCCGAGAUUAGACUGGCAGUGGUGCCAUUCUCAGGAGAUUUGCAUACGCGCUGUGACUACUCAACCGACGUAGCGCUGGAACCCUGAACUUGUUGCUGUCACUGGGCGGGUCCUAAUGAUGUUUUUCGCCUAGGCGGGGGGUGUGGGAAAUCGAGUCAAGGGAGUUACCUCAACGCGAAGCAUUUCGAGAUAUGAGAUCGGGACAUUUUUCGUGUCCGUCAUUCUCUAAAUUAAAAUAAGAACGUGGAGAAAGAUAUAUUUCAGAGGUGCAGCCUACACUAGUCAUAUCAGCUGGUGGACACAUUUUAACCCCCCCGCCCCCUCCCCCGCAUGCACAAUUUCUCUGUUUACAAGUGAUUGAAAGCGUGCCAGCAGAGGGAAAAGGAUAACCUAGGAAGGAGGGAUGGUGGACAACUCCGGUAGCAGUAAGGCACAAAUGCCCAGCAUGUCUCAGGAGGCUGGUCUGGGGGGUGGCUAUCCUCAGGCAGGCACGGCAGGUGGGAUGAAGCUGGAGGCUGUCAUGGAGCAGCUGCAGCGCCAGCAGCAGGCCAGGCUGGAGAUGGAGCGCAAGGAGAGGCGGCUUCGCGAAGCCCACAUCAUGUACGCCCAGCAGGUAGCUGCACAGCAGGCCAUCCUUGCCGCGGCCCGGGUUUCUGGAGCUGGCUUCAUGGGCAAAGCCCUGGGUGGAGGGGCAUCUGGAGGAGGCCAACUGUCCCGGGUCUCCAACCAGAGCAGUGUGGACUCGGAGAGGGAGGAUGAGGAGGACAGAGGGCGGGAUUCAGGGGAUGAAGAUGACGAUGAGGAGAUGAUGGAGGGAGAUGAGGGGAGCGACGAGGAGGAGGAGGAAGGAGGGACUAGUGGUCUGGAGUACCUCCGCAAGCAGACCCUUGCUCUACAGCAGGGUGCCUCUCGUCUUCCACCGCAUCCACUUGGCAGUUUCUCUACAUCGGGCCCCCAGCGGGCCCCAUCGCCACCUGUCAGAGUAAAGCAGGAGCCUGAUGAGAAUCUCUAUCCAUCAGAGCCCCACUCUGCCACCUCCCCCAACGGUCAUGCUGAUUGGAAUAGCUUUGACGAUCACUUCAAACAGAAUGGAAGUGCUGCCUGGGCGGAUGAGGCUGACGGUGGAAGAGGAGGAAGAGGAGAGGCCUCCAGAGACUUUGCUAAGCUGUAUGAGCUUGAUAGUGACCCCAACAGAAAGGAGUUCCUGGAUGACCUGUUCACCUACAUGCAAAAAAGAGGGACCCCCGUGAACCGUAUCCCCAUCAUGGCGAAGCAGGUGCUGGACCUCUACAUGCUCUACAAGCUGGUGACGGAGAAAGGGGGCCUGGUGGAGGUCAUCAACAAGAAGAUCUGGCGGGAGAUCACCAAGGGUCUCAACCUACCCACCUCCAUCACCUCAGCUGCCUUCACGCUCCGCACACAGUACAUGAAGUACCUGUACCCAUAUGAGUGUGAAAGGAAAGGUCUGAGUUCUCCGGGCGAGCUUCAGACGGCCAUUGACAGUAACCGCCGGGAGGGCCGUCGGCCCAGCUACAGCAGCAGCCUCUUCCGCUUCUCCCCAUCCCCCAGCACCGCCCCUCACAUCCUCUCCCCUCCCAAGAUGCACCUCUCUGCGCUGGCUGCCGGGGCCCUCAACGGCCUGCAGGCCUCACCGGGCCCUUCUCUGAAAAAAGAAGAGAAUACCCCCUCCAUGCUGGCAGCGUGUCGCGGUCCCUCCAUGGGCCUGGUGCUGGGUCAGCAGCAGGUGGCAGGGCUGGCACGGGCUGCCACCCUGGAGCAGCUGAGGGAGAAGCUGGAGACCGGCGUGGGCGAAGGCCCUGAGAGGAAGAUCGCACGCCUGGCAGAGGAGCAGCAGCGCCUGAUGCAACAGGCCUUCCAACACAACUUCCUGGCCAUGGCUUCCCAGGUCCCCAUGAACCUACGCCUGCAAGGCGCCAAUGCCAGAGUGGGUUAUGCAGAUGUAUGCUGCAACACACCCACAAGGAAAUAUGAGAAACAGCAAGACAUGGCUCUAAGCAUCUCUACCAAUGGAUCUGCUAGCAUCAGCGUGUCUGUGGAGGUUAACGGCACAUUGUAUUCAGGAACACUGUUUGCUCAGAGGUCAGGCUCCCACGGGACUGGCAUGUCUUCUGCUGCCACAGUGCCCCCUGCUGGACUCAGCACUGGGUUGGGGUUUGCGAGCUCUACCCACAGCCACAGUCCCAACUCUUCCUCCUCCUCCAAGGGACCUGGCUCGGCCGAGCCUUCCACCAGUGGCUCACCUUAGCUCAGGCGCUCCAACUCCUGGUCUCCAGGCUUUUCUUCAAUACACAAGCCCAGCAUGAAUAUAAUACAUUGAGAAAUCAAUAGGAAGAAAAACUGUUGCACAACAAAUACCUCAUUUCUCCUGUCAACUUUGGCUGUCCAUUUAUGAAUACACAUACCAACAUGAACUUACACACAGCUAUGCAUUCUGCACACUAAAUACUCAAACACAUACACACUCUAAUCCAAAAUACAUGCUAAACACAAUCAAACCGUUCGGCCAAAACCCACUGACAGGUGUUCACAACUGAACUUGAAGAGUUUUAUUUUAGGAUUUUGUUUGUUGCCAGUUUGUUGUCUUGAUUUAAUAUUUUGAACUUUUCUCCCUUUUUCCCUUUCUUUUUUAAAAACCUCAAACUGAGUAACCUGCAGUGGUAUAUUUACCUCAGGAGCUGUAGUAUACAUCACCUGAAUUAACUUAAUUUUUUUAUGGUUCAUAAUCAUACAGUGACCUCAUUACAUCACUGAAGUUGCCAUGACUGCCUGAUUUUCAGAAUGUUUUAUGAGCCUACAUGUAAUACCUCAUAUUUUAUCAACACCAGGGAGUCACUCACAUGAUGUACUCAAUCUUCAAUCUAGUGCAGGAUAGGUGGCCCUUGUGCUUGACAGGCUUUAUGGAUCAGAAUUAGCUUUGGACACAGAAGGACACACAGAAGGACGUUAUCAGUACCAACGGAUUCCCCAAUCUCCUAAAAACUAGCAAGCCCCGAGCUCAGUUUACCACACUGCAUCUAUCUAUCUACUAAUCAGAAAGGUAGGAAAGGUGUUCUUGUCCCAGCAGUAGAAUCUGUUUCUGGUUCAAAUCAACAGAAAUGGGAGAAAAAAAAUCAAGGAUUAUCCUGCAUAACAGUGGCCAGACCGGAAGUGUUCCUACUACAAAGCAUUUCAAACACCAUAUUAGCACCUCAGUUUGGGAGGCGCCUUUCUCAGGAAGCAUCGUGACGACUCUUAUUACACUUUGUCGUUUAAGAAGGAUCACACAGAAAGAAUGCACAAGUCUAAGCAGACUGUUCUCAAAGAAUACCUCAGACUCUGUAGGAGAACUACACUACAUACCUCAUUGCUCCAAAGCCAACUGAUUGACCCUGCAAAAGUCACCAGUCCACAGGAGUGGAAUUCUCUGGAAGGAAGGCUGGACUAAAUACUGUACAUGCUGACUAGACUGCUUGGGAUUUGGGGAGAGAAUUUUACCAAGCUUACCUGAGAUGGGCUUGCUUUCCCCAGUUUUAUCUGUAUUUGUUUUGUCUGUUCCAUUUGAUUUGCUUUGUACUGCAUUUAUAAGACUAAAUCUAUUUCAGAGUAUUGCUCUGCUUGUGUACAAUCAGGUGCCCAGUAUUUUACACGCAAAACACACACCUUCUGGUCUGUGGUAGCCUCUGAUUAUUGCACAGCUGAAUAUCAAAGAUUUGCCCAGUCCUCUCCUCUGAUCCUUUUCAGUCUACAUCCUUUUAGAUUUAGCUGUGUGGGGGCUAGCCAUUUGGGCUAGUUAGAGUACCAUUUGGUUUAGAAUGGGAUCCCCCCUAGUCCAUCUUGUAUAUUUCUAGCUGUUCAAGUUGUCAGGUUGGGUCACAUUGCUUUCCUUAGCAUCUUAAUCUGAAUUUACCUGUGAUGGAGUCUUUGGCCUGGUAUGGUUCUGGCUUGCAUAACCCAUGUUACCGGAGAUGUACCAGGGAUAAACCUUGGUGAAUUAUGCUGCUGUCCGCACAGUUGGUGUUACCAAAGGCCUUUUGACCUAACCUCUCCAGAAGAAAGACAAAGUGUAGCACAUGUUUAGCUAAGUGGAUUCAAACUCCCUUAAACAGUAUUACUCAAACUGUUCAGGUAAUAAUUCUUCUGCAUUUUUAAUACAUAGAAGUUGAUUUGGAUGAAAUUAAUUUCAAACUCUAUCCGUUUUGAAUGUGUGGUAUUUAACAAAACCUUUUAGCCUAAAUCUCUGAGGUGGGCAAACUUAUUGCUUUUAGUAAGCUGUUUUAGUUGUGUGUUGGGGUUUUUGGGCCUUUUGUAUUUUAGACCACUGGCCAAGUUUAGGGGACCUCAACUAUAUAUACAAUGACUAAAAAGGCACCUGCAAUCCUUGAAAAAGGUAAUAUUAUGUCCACAUUUUAUUAAGGUGAAAAAUCUAGUUGCUGCCUUAAAAUCAAAUGUACGGUUCAGGAGCUCUCUGCUAGGAAUGACAGUUUUAUCUUCAAGUUUAAUCCUUUGAAGAGUAAACUCCAUUAUCUUUUUUUUAAUGCAAUCAGACAUUAAUACUGUCAUCAUUCAUGUUAUUGGUUUCAAAACCAAGGUAUGCUAUUUAUUUGUGUUGAUUUUCUGAUGGACCUUGACGAGUUCGCUUGAUCACGUUUUUCUAAAACACUUUGUUUCUCUCGUUGUUUUAGAAAUGGACAUUUCAAUUUGAUCCAAUCAGUGACUGUCUGACAGUGUAGCCUUACAGCCUGUUCAUGAGUGUGUCUGAGUGUAUAUGUGUGAGGUAUGGUAGAAGACUGUUCGACAGCAGUUAACUGGUGUUAUCACAUUAAUUGCAGUUGCAUUGUUACAUCUCAGUGUGUAAUGCCAUACGAUCCUGCAGGUGGUGCUAUCCUCUAGUCACGACAUGACAACAGAACCACAGUAUGUUUACAUUUAUGUAGUUUAGCAGACGCUCUGGAUUAGUGCAUAAGGGAGUAGAUUUUCCUAUUUUUUUUAAAACCUGGCGAUGCUGUACCAACUUAGCAACAAGCAACCUUAGGUAGUAGUUGUGUAGACUUGCUGUGUGUGGUCCAGGCUCAUGUGUGCGAGAGGACAUGAAGUCUCUACAAAGAUUGUAAAACCUGACGUAUCGGUCCCCACAAAGUUUUUGGCAGAUCCCAACUAGGGAAAAUGUGAUUUCCGGGUUAGGUUUUGGGAAAAACGUACAAUUGGGUGCAGUGUUAGAAUUGGGGUUACUUGGGUUUAGGAAUUAAGGGUUAAGUUAGUUUCAGGGGUAGUGGAUAGGCAACAUGUAUUUCUGGGUUUCAAGUCCCCCCAAGGAAGUGUGUGUGUGUGUGUGUGUGUGUGUGUGAGAGAGAGAGAGAGAGAGAGAGAGAGAGAGAGAGAGAGAGAGCUCUUAAAGACCUACCUCAGGGCAUUUGGCUGCAGUUAUUGUUGUAUUUGAUAUUGAUUUUAACCAAUUAGCGUGUAUACUGAGGGACACGUCCAAAUGCACAGCUGUCUGCAGUGUCUUGCUAGAUGCUAUUUUAGACUGGUUCAGGUUUUUUGUCUUCAGUUGCAGGUGGGGUUACAUCACUCAGGAAACUGUGAAGUUGAGUCUGCAGAACCUUGUCUCUGGAUGGUUUGGAUUUUAUUAGAUUUUGAAUUGUAUAAAUCUAACCUGAUCUGUGUUAUACAGGUGUAUAUGCAAAAGGUUAUUGAAUACCUCAUUUAUAAAUUCUAUGUUGUUUUUGACUUGUACAAUGCUCCGUAUAUAAAUUGAUCUGUGGGGUUUGUGCAUAUUUUUGUACUGUUAUUAUUAUUAUGGACAUGAUGAUAAUAAUAAUGUUACUGAUAUUAUAGUUUUCUCUUUUUUGAUUGAAACAAAAUUAGGACAAAACAUGUGAAUGCUUGUAAUACUGAUUUGUGCUGAUUGUAUUUAAAAGAGGAGCACUUUUCCCAAGUGAGUUUGACACAUUCAGUUUUGUUCCCAUUAGUAAUAUAAAGAUAUGGUUCUCAGGGCUUUAAACUUGUAUGUCAUGAUAAAGUUUUACUUUAUA